AUGAAGCAAGACAACGUCCAUUACGAGUGCGGCACCUGUUGCAAGUCGUUUCCGGCUGGCCGACAGGCCCGGGAUCGCCAUUGCCGCGACAAGGGCCAUUCGCCGCCGUGCUCGAGCGACGGCGGCGACUGGGGAUAUUUCAGCAUCCAGCACGGCGGCGACUGGGGAUAUUUCAUCGAGCCGGCGUUGGAGGAAUCCGUCGACGAUGCCGACGACUCGCAGGAGGGUGACUUUGAAUGCACCUGGUGCGGGGGCAGUUGGUGGACGAUGGGGGACUGCAUCCGUCACGAGCACGCGGUGCAUUGCUUCUGUCGACGGUGCGAUCGCUUCUUCCGGAACCAAAACUGCCUCAAGAUGCAUCUGCAGUCCCGCGCCCACGUCGGUCGCGCCGUCGAAUGUCCAUUCUGCCACGACCACUUCACCACGGCCGGCGGGCUCUGCCACCACGUCGAGUCCGGUUCCUGCUCCGUCGCCGACCACCUGAACCGGCGUCGACUGCACAAGGUCGUCCAAUCCGUGGACCCGAACGGGUGGGUGUCGAAGGAUGCGCACCCAAGGUCGGGCCCGUACGAGCGCGAGCCCGACGAGCGGGCGUGGAACGGCGACGAGUACGAAUGCCACAUCUGCCACGCCGAGUUUGGCAGGCUGUCCAGCCUCAGCCAGCACCUGAGCUCGCCCGUCCACCAGCAACCGCUCUACCACUGCCCAGCAGGCAGCUGCGGCGCGGACUUCAAGUCGCUCGGCGCACUCGUCAGUCACCUCGAGAGCGAGUCGUGUGGAGCCGCGAGGUCGGAGGACGUGCAGCGGGGCAUCGGCGACCUCGAACGGACGCUCGCGGAACGGCACAAACGUCGUUGCCUCGGACGACAUGUUUCGUCGAAACCGCCCUCCGAGACGGCGCCCGCGUUUGCUUCUCGACGAGACGUGACAGCGCGGAUCGAACAGGGCGCAUCCCGCACGACCCUUGGGAGGAGCGGGCCGGACAAUGGGACGAACAAGGCGGUGCACCCGCGCGUGCCGACGAGCACGGGAUACGCAGACAAACGAACGACGUCGCGCUGCGGCCGGUUUGAUGUUGAAGACGCAAACGCUCGCACCGGUAGCCUGCAUCCAGGGGCGUCGACACCACGGUGCAUGAGACGUGGUUCAUUUUCCCCCCGACGACGUCGUCCUGCGGUUGGCCCGUGGUUGGCCAGCGAUCGGCCCUACGCUGGGCUGCCGUUGACCCCCGUCGUUGUUAGCCUGUUUCGCCUUCAGAGGGGAGGGGGCAUCCCCCUGCGUCGAGGCUGCGAACGAGGCAACGCCGCCGCGUCCCGUCCGGGUCGGCGCACGCGAAUGGCCAUUCUUUGGGGCUCUGGAAUUUCGUGUGCCGCCGCCGUCGCCGUCGUCACCCAAGUGCCGGCGGCCGAAGCUGCGCAGAGGCCGCCGGCGUAG